AGAGGAUCAAAAGGUGAUUGGAUCUUCCAUAACAAAAAUAAAAAAUAAAAAAUGGGGUUGUUAGAUAUGGAAGAGCACUUUGCGUUCUAUGCUCUUAUCAAGCAAACCAUUUAACAUCAUAAAUCACAUAAUCUUUGUUUGGCCUAUUCUCCUUUAUUUUACUCCUCCUAUUUUUUCUCCUUCCCAAACACUCCUUAAUCUUCCAGUUUGGUCGCUAAUUCCAUCGGAUUCCAACUCGAUUGGAAGGUUGUGUUGGCUGCUCACUUGUUUUGUUGGACAGGACAAUUUAUUGGCCAUGGUGUAUUUCAGUUUUGAUUCUUGUGUGUGAAUAUCUUGCGAAGAAAGCGAAAAUGCAUAUUCAUGAUGAAGACAGAAUCAGUAACUUACCGGAUUGCCUUUUACUUCACAUACUCUCUUUUUUGAAGGUCGAACCAGUCGUCCAAACUUGUGUACUCUCCAAAAGAUGGAACAAUAUUUGGAAGCAUCUUCCAACCCUUAGAUUCAAUUCACGGGACUUCAAGAGUUUGAAAGCUUUCACCAAAUUUGUGUCUAUAAUUUUCUCUUUACGCUGUUCCUCAACUGCGUUAUCUGCUCUCCAUUUUGUCCGCAGUGGUAUCGUGGAGCCUCACAUACUCCAGUGGAUUGUGAAUUACGCGAUUUCACACAAUGUCCGGUUAUUAGAUAUUGAUGUCAGAUGUGAUAUUAAACAAUUUCCGUCUUGUUUAUUUUCAUGUCAAAGUUUAACAUCUCUCCAUCUUUCCGUUUGCAAUAGAGUUUGUCGUGGGGAGAGAAUAUUAUUUCCAAAUUCAGUAAAAAUGCCGGCAUUAACCACUUUGUCUCUAAGGCGGUUUAUCUUUUCUAGCGGCGAUGAUGGUCGUUGUGAACCCUUCUCCACAUUUAGCAAGUUGAAUAGUUUGACCAUUCGAUAUUGUAAAGUCGUUGAUGCACAAAACCUUUGCAUAUCAAGUCUCACACUUGUCAAUUUAACCAUACAAAAUUUCCCUUAUGUCAAUGACGAUUUUCGUAAAGUCGAGCUAUCUUCUCCAAGUCUCUCUGUGUUUGCUUUUAGUGGUAGUCCUUGCAUGGAACUAUGCGGGAGCAAUAUUUCUUCUAUUAAACACAUAAACAUUGACGCAAGACUGUCCGAGAACUCUGUUGAUCCUCCUUCAAUUUUACUAAGCACGUUGCUAAAGCUUGCUGAUAUCAAAUCAAUGACCGUCACAGCAGAUACUCUUCAGACGCUCUCCUUAUUAAAGAUGGAGUUCCCUUUUCUGUGUAAUUUGAAGUCGCUUACAAUUAAGAUGACGCCAUUUUCAUAUGCAACAUCCCGCAUACCGGCUACCAACUUUAAAGAAGGAUCUUCAUGCAUACCUGAAGGAGUAGUUGAUUAUUUGCUUCAAAACUCACCUUUGGCACGGGUUUAUUUUAUUGAGUAGAUUGCAAAAGUCUGGUGCACCCUUGGUGACAAAUAAAGCAGAUGCUGCAGCUAAAUUAUGAAGAAGUUUUGAAGGGUGGGUUCUAAUGGAUUUGCUUAACCUUGAUGAUCUCUUUGACGUUCGCCUAUGAAACUGCCUUUUUUUCAUUGAGAAUUAUAUAAUGCAUGUGGUCUUUUUCUGUGACUAUUGUGAAAGGCUUGGUUUGGUUUGGCUUGGCUUAUCUCUGAUGGAUUGCGUAGUUCAAAUAAUUGUAGCAUGUAAUGGAAUGCAUGAAAGAGUUAUAAAAAUUGGAAACUUUAUAGGAAUAAAUAGUAGUUACUUUCAAUUAGUUCAAGUGUGUCGCAAAUGCAUCUGUCAACUUUGGUAUAUAAAUUUAAAAAAAA